UUUUGCUUCUUUGCAUCAUAGUCUAUAAGAUAAUGCUACCCUUUUUACCGGCUUCAAUGUGCUUCAAGAGUUUGCAUUUUCACCUUUCAAUAUUUGGUCAAUGAUAAAGUUAGACGUGAAUAUGUUCGGGUUGUGUCUCGAUGUCAUUGGUUAUCCUGGUUAUGCUGUCAACUGUGACGGAAUUUGGUGCUCAAUUUGACGGAGAAAAGGUUGCCUCUUCAAGUCCAGCAGAAAAACCAACUUUCUUUCAUCCCUCAGAAUCUUCACCUCACCAGUCUUCAUCCCUUAUCCAAGGUACUUUGGGCACUUGUUCCACCAAGCCUUCAUCUUCUGGUUCUUCGGCUGGUGGCAGUAUAAUGCCUCAAGGAAUACCAAUAUCUUGUCCCUAUCCAGAUACGUCAUGUUAUCCUGAAUCAGAAAAACCAAUGAUUGGUCCUGAAUCAGCUCAAUUGCUAUCCUCGGGACGCAAAUCAACUGGUGUAUCAGGAUCGGGUUAUGAAGAGAUGAGUCGUCUUUAUGACCAUUCAAUGGAUACCGAUUUAGAAAUGGAAACUCGUGCAUUGAUGGAAGGAUUAUCACACUCGGAUGCCACAACGGGACCGAUGAGACCAAUUAUCAUGAGAAGUGACGUUUCUCUGACUCGUAUUCCGUGUGAACAUUUGUAUGAAUGUAUACCAGAUGAUUCCAACUAUCACCAUGUUCAUGGGAACAAUUUUUUACACUCAAGUGCUUUAACAGGCUCACCGAGUCAAUUUCAGGGUUCCACUUAUUCACAAAACUCUUACCAUCAAUAUCACCAGCCAUUAUCAUCUUCUCAUCAUAAUCAUCAUUCAACUUUAAACUCUUAAACAACCCAUCCAAAUCAUCAUCACUCAUCACAUUAUUCAUCUCAUCCCCAUCAUCAUCAUUCCCUUGCACCAUCAGAAUAUCAAAAGCUCCACCUAUUCAUCAACAAUAAACCUCAGUCUGCAGACAAACGAUCACUGCUUCGUGAUCAGUACAAGUACAAUAAUUUAAGUCCACCUUCAUCAUCAUCUUUCUCUUCAUCAUCAUCUUCAUCAACUUGCAAUCUUCCAACCACUCGACUUAAUAUUCCAGUUUCACCUCGAUCGCCUCAAAGAUCUCUAGGUUCUUCAUCUUCACACAAGCCAAGUAAAUCCAACAAAUCUAAAACUGUGUUUGCCAAAUUAAAAGGAAAUCAAAUUGUUAGCACAACUGGAGCAGUUAAUGGUGACCAUUGUUGACCGCUCAAUCAAUCAAUUUUCCAGUAAACUCAAAAUUUAAAUGAAUGUACAUUUAAUUUAAAAUUUUUCUCUUUAAACCAAAACAAUUUUCCAAAUCAAGCUCGCUGGUCUUUUCGUUAAGCUCUUCAAUGGAUGAUAAUUCACAUUCUCAAUUGAAAUGUUUUUUACACUCGGACCAGGCAAGACGACUUUCAACACCGAUCAAUUGCGAUAAAAACGUUUCUGUCAAAAUGGCUCAACAAUUUUCUACAAAAAAAUUAUUAAUGUAAUUUUAAAUUAAUUGAUAAUUUAAAAAUAUCCAAAUCUACUUCUUUUUGUCAUCUAAUUUUGUAAAAUAUAUAAAAAUGAAAUUUGUUAACAUAAAAGUCAAUCCAAAUAACAAGCUAAUUGUAAUGAAAAGCUCUGGUUUCACGAACUUUUUCACACAAAAGGUUUCAUAAAAUGCAUAACUCUUCUAGAAGAGACUCAUCAAA